AAUCAUGUAAACACUGUGGAAUAACAGUUAAACAAAAGAAAAGUCUGGAACACCAAAAACUUAAAUUUGAUCACCAGUGGGCAGCCAAAUUAAAAAAAGAUGGAAAUAUUUGCAAAAUCAUGAAUUCUGUUGACUUGAUUCUCCAUAAGUUGGAAUUACUAGGUGUCUCACCAAUGCUUUUCAUUACAACACAGAAAGGCCAGCACCGCUCUACAAAAGUCUUAGUUAAAAGCUCAUACAUUCAGAGCCAUCCCUCAGUUCCAGUUAUGCAGAGGCUUUAUGAGGCUGUUACAAGAGGGAACACCUCUGCCUCUGUGUCUAACACCUCUGCCUCUGCGUCCAGUGACCCUCCGUCUGUGUCCAACACCUCUGCCUCUGCGUCCAGUGACCCUCCGUCUGUGUCCAACACCUCUGCCUCUGCGUCCAGUGACCCUCCGUCUGUGUCCAACACCUCUGCCUCUGCGUCCAGUGACCCUCCGUCUGUGUCCAACACCUCUGCCUCGGUGUCCAGUGCCCCCGCCUCUGUGUCCAACACCUCUGCCUCGGUGUCCAGUGACCCUCCGUCUGUGUCCAACACCUCUGCCUCGGUGUCCAGUGACCCCGCCUCUGUGUCCAACACCUCUGCCUCUGCGUCCAGUGACCCUCCGUCUGUGUCCAACACCUCUGCCUCGGUGUCCAGUGACCCCGCCUCUGUGUCCAACACCUCUGCCUCGGUGUCCAGUGACCCCGCCUCUGUGUCCAACACCUCUGCCUCUGCGUCCAGUGACCCUCCGUCUGUGUCCAACACCUCUGCCUCUGCGUCUAGUGACCCUCCGUCUGUGUCCAACACCUCUGCCUCUGCGUCCAGUGACCCUCCGUCUGUGUCCAACACCUCUGCCUCUGCGUCCAGUGACCCUCCGUCUGUGUCCAACACCUCUGCCUCGGUGUCCAGUGACCCCGCCUCUGUGUCCAACACCUCUGCCUCGGUGUCCAGUGACCCUCCGUCUGUGUCCAACACCUCUGCCUCGGUGUCCAGUGACCCCGCCUCUGUGUCCAACACCUCUGCCUCUGCGUCCAGUGACCCUCCGUCUGUGUCCAACACCUCUGCCUCGGUGUCCAGUGACCCCGCCUCUGUGUCCAACACCUCUGCCUCGGUGUCCAGUGACCCCGCCUCUGUGUCCAACACCUCUGCCUCUGCGUCCAGUGACCCUCCGUCUGUGUCCAACACCUCUGCCUCUGCGUCUAGUGACCCUCCGUCUGUGUCCAACACCUCUGCCUCUGCGUCCAGUGACCUCCGUCUGUGUCCAACACCUCUGCCUCUGCGUCCAGUGACCCUCCGUCUGUGUCCAACGCCUCUGCCUCUGCGUCCAGUGACCCUCCGUCUGUGUCCAACACCUCUGCCUCUGCGUCCAGUGACCCUCCGUCUGUGUCCAACACCUCUGCCUCGGUGUCCAGUGACCCCGCCUCUGUGUCCAACACCUCUGCCUCUGCGUCCAGUGACCCUCCGUCUGUGUCCAACACCUCUGCCUCGGUGUCCAGUGACCCCGCCUCUGUGUCCAACACCUCUGCCUCGGUGUCCAGUGACCCUCCGUCUGUGUCCAACACCUCUGCCUCGGUGUCCAGUGACCCCGCCUCUGUGUCCAACACCUCUGCCUCUGCGUCCAGUGACCCUCCGUCUGUGUCCAACACCUCUGCCUCGGUGUCCUAGUGACCCCGCCUCUGUGUCCAACACCUCUGCCUCGGUGUCCAGUGACCCCGCCUCUGUGUCCAACACCUCUGCCUCUGCGUCUAGUGACCCUCCGUCUGUGUCCAACACCUCUGCCUCUGCGUCUAGUGACCCUCCGUCUGUGUCCAACACCUCUGCCUCUGCGUCCAGUGACCCUCCGUCUGUGUCCAACACCUCUGCCUCUGCGUCCAGUGACCCUCCGUCUGUGUCCAAUGACCCCGCUUCUGCAUCCAUCAACUCCACCACUGCAGCCAAUCACCCUGCAUCUGUGUCCAGCAACUCUGCCUUUGAGACCAGUGGAACUGCUUCUUUGUCAAAUAACCCCACCCCUGCAUUUAACGACCACACCUCUGUGCCCAACGACUCCGCCUUUACAGUCAAUAUUUCCAAUGUGUUCUACAAGCCAAUGAAAAGAAAGGGGAGACAAAUACAUAAUGAAUGUUCACAUAACAGCCAGGAUGUGUACCAUGGAGAGGUUGUGAGGGAGAGAGAUAGGGAGGGAAGAAAAGAAUAUCUUUUUCGUUGGCAGCCUUGCGCAUCUUGUGGCAAGAAGUGGCGGAGUACAUGGGUGUCCGAGGAUGCUGUACAGUAGUUUGCGAACUAUUUGCUUCUGUUUAAAUUCAUAAACAUUUGACAUAUCAAUGCAUAUAAUGAAAUAAAUACAAAAUAUGAGUAGUAAUUGUGCUUCAAUGAAUUUGUUUUAACAAAUACAUUGUACUUGAACAGUGGAUGCAUGCCUAUUUUAAUCUUGCAAAAGCAUCUAUCAUAUAAUACAUCCUACAAUAAAGUAUUGUGUUCUGCAAUGAAGUGUGUUUAAUGUUGUACAUUAAAAAUGGGGUUUCAUUAAAAAAUAAAUUUAUGAUUGAUUUGUAAGAAAGGUAUCCUGAUUCUUUUAAUAAAAUGAUACAGUAACAUUGAUAUAACAUGCUGUGGUAAAUACAGUAAACAUGCCAGGUUUCAGUUACUUGGGAGGAAUGCUGCAAAAUGCAUUACAGGACUAGGUUAUAGGUUAUAAUUCUACAGACACUUUUGGCACAACUUUGUCUAGGAUAUGUACUAGGGAAUUAUCAACAUGGAUCCUUUACUGCAUUAUAA